AUGGCAGCAGGUUAUGCGUUCUCCCUAUCCCCCGAAAAGUUUGACGUAAAGAUUGUUGAUAAAGCGCAAAAUGUAGGUGGAAGUGCAACUUCUUAUCAAUUACCAAACAAUCAAAACGGUCAUCCGGAUUUCGGUGCUGAAUAUAUCAACGAUGGUGUUCAAGGUGCAAGUCCGGUUUUCCAUAAUACACUAACUAUGUUUGAAAAAGUCUUGGGGUUCAGAGCAAGUGAUGUGGGAAUGCAAAUCAGUUUUGGUAAAGGUCAAGAAACUUUUUGGUCAAACGUAUUCCCAAGUCAAUUGGUGGAUGAAUUCAAAGAUGAUAUUAAAAAGUUUGGUAAGGUACUCCCAACUAUCAAGACGUUUGAACCAUUCUUUGCACUCAUUCCAGUUGACAGAAUGUUAAAGAUGUUCCGUUUCUCUCCCUCAUUCGGUGAACGAAUGGUGUUCCCUUUGGUGGCUUUGUUCAUGGGAACGGGUAAUCAAACCAAGCAUGUCUCAAGUGCAAUCAUUGAGCGUCUUUUCUUGGACCCAAAUAUGCGCUUGUUUGAGUUCAGCGAGGAAUCUCUCUUGGCCAGUGUUCCACACAUGAAAGCAUUCCCAGAAUUGGGCCGUGUGUAUGGAUUAUGGAGAACAAGAUUAGAAGCUGCAGGUAACGUUCGAUUCGCAUUAUCUUGCGGAGUUGCAAGUUUGGAAAGAGGAACAAAGAAGGCAAAGCAAUUGGGCGGUAACAUCUUGGCAACGUAUGAAGGCCACGAGUCCGAAGGCCCAGAAGUGUUUGAUGAUGUCAUCUUUGCAUGUGAUGCAGACAGUGCCCUCAAAAUCUUGAACAAUGGAUCAGGUCCUUCAUGGAAAGAACGCAAGAUUCUGGGUAACGUGUUGUACAAAUGGGAUAUCACCGUUACCCAUCACGAUUACGAUUACAUGAAGAAGCAUUACGAGAUGAAUUAUAAUAGUGACUUGAACGCAAAGCGCGAUGACGAAGAAAGCAAAAAGGCUUUCAAAUUCGCAGAAGAGAAUUGGAAGCCGUUGUACUUGAUCAAGAUGUACGAAGAAGAUCCAUCGCAGAUCGAAAUGAGUUUCGAUCUAACACAUUAUCAAGGUCAAUUUGAAGGUAUGCCUGCCGUAGGUAAAGAUGCAGAUAUCACUCUCAAAGAUGCUCCUCCAAUCCAACGUCAAACUGGAGAAGAAGGAAAAAAAUUAGCCAAAGAUGAAGAUCCAAAAGUGAUGGAUCAACCUGACAGUGCAAUUGCUGAUGAGAACAAGCAAUCACCACCCAAAGAGAAUCACGUUUAUCAAACAAUCUACCUCGAUUACGAACAAAGACAACGUUGGACAAAAGAAGAGGUUGCAAAAGAUAAGAUCAUUUUGGAAAAAUGGUGGAAACAACAAAGUCAUAGAUGGCAACAUUAUGGCGGUACGGUACCUUGGAUGUGGACUAUCAACGGUCAAAAUCAUACAAGCUAUGCAGGUGCUUGGAGUUUGGUCAAUAUGCACGAAGUGGGUAUGGUCUCAGGUUUCUCUGCAGCAUACAACCUAGGAGCUAAAUACCCUUUCAAGGACAAUGACGAUUGUGCACAACUCUUCCGACUUUACCUAUUGCUUGGAUAUAUGUCUAGAAUGAGAUCAGAGGAUCGCAAAGGCUUCUUCUCAUAG